GGGCCCCGACUAGCAUCCCUAUUGGACGGAGCGGCAGACGGUGACGUCAUACGCCCUGGGACGUGCUAAGGCUAGGGCUGGGUCGGGAGUCGGAGCCAUUACUGCCGGAGAAAGUCCCGCAGAGCUGAGCGGCCAAGAUGUGUGACUUCACCGAGGACCAGACCGCAGAAUUCAAGGAAGCUUUCCAGCUGUUUGACCGAACUGGCGAUGGCAAGAUCCUGUACAGCCAGUGUGGGGACGUGAUGAGGGCCCUGGGCCAGAACCCUACCAACGCCGAGGUGCUGAAGGUCCUGGGGAACCCCAAAAGUGAUGAGAUGAAUGUGAAGGUGCUGGACUUUGAGCACUUCCUGCCCAUGCUGCAGACUGUGGCCAAGAACAAGGACCAGGGGACUUAUGAGGAUUAUGUUGAAGGCCUUCGUGUGUUUGACAAGGAAGGGAAUGGUACCGUCAUGGGUGCAGAAAUCCGUCAUGUCCUUGUCACACUGGGGGAGAAGAUGACAGAGGAGGAGGUGGAGAUGCUGGUGGCAGGACAUGAGGACAGCAACGGUUGCAUCAACUAUGAAGCAUUUGUGAGGCAUAUCCUGUCGGGGUGACGGGCCCAUGGGGCGGAGCUUGUCCGGAUGGUGCUGAAUGGCUGAGGACAUUUCCAUAUUGCAAGCCGGUGCCUUGCCCAGAGUGAGAUUUCUAUGCUAUGUGGCCCCUCCUAGGCUCCCUUAUCACAGCACCUUUGCCCAUCUGGUCUCUUCUGGAUGAUGUUUGCCUUCACUAAAUAAAAUGCUCUCUUUUUUCCCUA